AUGCCUAAAGGUCAAUCAUCCCGCAAGGAAGCCGUGAGGGUCAGGAUGGAAGAUGGUCUGAGCACCGAGCAGAGACUUCAGCAGUGGGGGGCGGCGGCGGAACUCCUCUACGCCCCACACAGUCCCGUUCACCAGCCACCUUCACAUAAAGAACCCCACGCAUUUCUGGUGGCCCGCCGUAUCGCCACAGUCAUGGCGCGUUUAAAUGAACUUUGUCAGAAAGAAGCGGAAGUGUUAAUGACUCCUCGGGAAGCAUUAUUGGAGUUGGCGGAUAUUAUUCGUUUUGGGCUCGUCUCCUUUCAUAAGGAAGUGGUAUUAGGUCAAUUGGAUCAGAGGGAAAUUGCGGCUGUACUCGCGGAGUAUAUUGCGCACCGAACAGCUCCACAGGCAGGUGUGGUGGAAGGUCUUCAUGUGAUUGCGUGGAUUAGUGUUAAACUUCGUGUGGAGAUGUUUCUUCAACAACUACGUAUGCGUCUUAAGGUAGAAUUAGAGAAUUCUCAUUCAGGUGGUAUACGUAGUGAAGAGCAAGUGGUAGCAUUAAAUACGACUAUAAUACUUGCGAAUGAUUUUGAAACAUCUUAUGAUAAUUUACUUGUUACUUUUCCAUGUGUACAACUUAUGGAUUCAGCUCCAGAAGCGGCUGAACAAUUAAUGCCUGUUUUAUCAAAGCAAUACUACCAACUUGCUCAAUGGGUAGAACUUGUUGAAAAUACUACACUACAAUCACCAAAUACUAGUAAGGAUGAAAAUAGUAGUACUAAGGUUCAAUCCAUUGAUCGCGAAUCAUCUACAGUGGUCAUUCGUCGAACUGAUUUGACAUCGCCAUGGGGAUUAAUUUUUAAUGAAUGUGGAAGGUUAGUAGAUGUAGAUAUUUCACUUCGUAGUGCUUCUGCUGAGGGAGAGGAAUUACAUCGUUUACUGCGAUGUACCACUGAAGGGGCUUCAGUGAUUGCAAUUAACUCUACUACAGUACCAAAUAUAUUACCUGAUGGGGCUGAAGAAGUUUUAGAAAUUAUAAAAAAUACUACAAGUGAGUAUAAACGUAUUACUAUGAAAUUAGAAUCAAAUACGUUUAAACAAUUACAUAUUCAACAAUUGGCUUUUUUUUUACCAAAUCAAGGAGGAGAAGGAUCUUCUGGUCAACGUGCGAUACUUGUACUCCAUCGUCCUGACCGAAAUAUGCCAUGGGGUUUUAACUUCUCUGAAGAUCUUGUAGUUCAACAUAUUCCAGCACACAAUAUGUCUAUAAAUGCCAAAACUUUCUUUUCAGAAUAUCAAGGUACAGUAGUACUGUUGGCAGUGAAUGGAGUUGAAGUCACUACACCUAUUCAAGCAGAUGCCUUAUGUAUUCAUUCCGAGACGAUUGUAUUAAAUCUUGUAGUACUUACACCUGCGAUGAUAGGACUACGUCGUAGACCCACACAUGGAAAAGAAACAGUUCUCAUUCAACAACAACAACAAAAGUAUCCCACUAGAGAGAUAAUAACGGAAACCCCACUCGUGGGUGAAACAACUCUCACUCGCAGUCCAAACCAAAAGAAAAAGACUCGAAAGUCUCCUCGAAAGAAGACUGAAGUUCACGCAGAGGAUGUGGAUGCGGCGAUGGAUGUGGCCUACACCGCAGAGGCGAAUGAGGCGGAGGAGUUGAGUGUGGAACCACCGAAAACGGCGGAGGAGGAAGAUGUGAAGGAGACAUAUCCAGCCGUCGCUGAUGAGGACACCGCAGAGGAACAGGAACAAAAACAAAUAGAACUACAACAACAACUAAAAGAAGAACAGGAAAAGGAGAAACAACGAGAACAGCAAUUGUUGCAGGAGCAAAAGGAAAGAGAAGAACACCAGCUAAAAGAAGAACAGGAAAAACAACGAGAACAACAACUAUUGCAGGAGCAAAAGGAAAGAGAAGAACAGCAGCUAAAAGAAGAACAGGAAAAACAACGAGAACAACAACUAUUGCAGGAGCAAAAGAAAAAACAACAACAGGAGAAACAACAACAGGAAAAGCAGCUGAUUCAAGAGCAAGAGAAAAAGAAACCACAACAACAACAACAAUUAAAAGAGGAAGAAGAAGAAGAAAGAGAUCAUCCAGUAGCGGAGGUUACUGAUAGUAAUAGUACUCCAGAACCCCUUGUUAUGCCUAAUGAUACGACCAUUGAGUUGUUAACACCAAAUGAGAUGAUCAUUCGCCGUGAAUCUACGGAUAAAAAGUGGGGACUCACACUUGAGAGUAUUGGUGGAGGUUUAGACCGUUCCGUGCGCAUGACUGGACUUCCCUUAUUAGCAUCUAAACAUGAUAUUCGCCGUAGACAUCCUUUUUACAAAACAUUUCAAAAGCCUCCAGUGAAGACGGAUUGGCGUAUUCAAAGUGUAAAUGGUACACCCGCUUCUAAGGCGCAGGAGCUUCUUGAUAUUAUGCGGCGUUCCCUCAUUAUGCGUAUAAAGUUCUUUAAAGGACGAUAG